AUGAGCCUUCGGCACUGCGGUGAGAGUUCGUGCUUGGGUCGGGGAGUUGCCCAUAUGUGUUUUGGUCAACCCUUGCCGAACGGCAAGGGCACUGAGUUCGUUGCUGCUCAUCCCUUGCCGUUCGGCAAGGGUGGGUUUCUUUUGUUGAAGCUUGGUUGCGAGGGCAGCUUCGGUAAGAAGUCUGAGCCUUUGGGCUUUCGUGAAACUUUGGAGCCGGCUCGAGCACAAUUUGGUCAAAGGCUUGAGUUGUGGCAACGGGUGGAGCUGGGCAUUCGAGGCAAAUUGGCUGAGCCUUCGAGGUGUGCAGAUUUGGAAGUCGGGCUGUGUUUGAAGGGAGGCUAG